AUGUCCGAGGAGAACGUGUUCCUGUUCGUGCCCAACCUCAUCGGUUACGCCCGGAUUGCCCUGGCCUUCCUCUCCUUCCUGCUGAUGCCCUGCUGCCCAUGGCCCGCUGUCUUCUGCUACCUGCUGAGCGCUCUGCUGGACGCCUUCGAUGGACACGCAGCCCGAGCCCUGAACCAAUCAACUAAAUUUGGAGCGAUGAUGGACAUGCUGACGGACCGCUGUGCCACCAUGUGUCUGCUGGUCAACCUGUCCCUGCUCUACCCACGCUACACCUUCCUCUUCCAGGUUAGCAUGUGUCUCGACAUCAGCAGCCACUGGCUCCACCUUCACAGCUCCACAGUAAAAGGUUCAUCGAGUCACAAGACCAUCGACCUGUCGGGAAACGCCAUCCUGCGGGUUUACUACACCUCAAAGCCCGUCCUGUUCGUCAUGUGUGCUGGGAACGAGCUCUUCUUCUGUCUGCUGUACGUCAUCCAGCACAUCGAGGAGCCGGCAGGAUGGCUGUACUCGCUGCUCUUCGUGUGCGCUCUUGUGUCCUUGGCCAAAUCGGCGAUCUCCGUGGUUCAUCUGGUCACCGCCUCGCAGAACAUGGCUGCCAUGGACACAGCGGAGCGCCAGGGCAAAAAGGAAUAA